GCGCACCGGUGAGGACGUCGCGUCGCCCUCUGUUGUCGCGUUCCUUCGUUCGGUACAUACGUGUGUGAACAGGUACGGGACAUUUACCACGCGAGUCGCGUCACGUUGUCCUCUUUUUAUGCGUCCCUUUUAUUUUCUUAAAUCGUUUUUGUGUUUUACGUUAGUCGAUUGGGAUAUUAGAUCAUAAAGAACCGGACGUUCAUGGUGGAGACGUUUGCACACAAGGACACAGUGAAUUCACUCAGUGCGCGCGUGUUUGUUGUCGACGCGAAGCUCUAACUGCGACUAUAACACGCGGCGGUAGGGGGCAGUGCGAGAGUUAAAUCGUCUUCGGCGUAAUCUGGCGGCGACGUGACCUACGCUAACCGUAACUUUUGUUUGGGGACGCAUCGGUGUCAGAUCGCUCCGUUUCGUUAAACGUUAACUUUUUCUACGCUUGUGUUCUCGUGUGUGCCCACGUUUUCUGGAGUGUACGAUACGACAACGGCCAGCAAUUUCACGCGUCUAACCGAGUUCCAAUUUCUCGUGGCAAAGAUGUACUGAAAUUCUGCUAGGAGAAGCGUCUUCGACAAUCGGAUAUCGGCGAGAACACUCACCACCUUUCGGCCAUCACGAUGCCAGGAACGUGCUCGAUGACCGAUGUGGUCAGGAUCGUCGACAGUUAGUGAUGAGGAGGAGCGGCUUGUCGGCGUGCCGAUGGCUCAGGUCACCAGCAACAUGCCAGUUCUCGAACCCAGACCAGACCCGGCUCCUCUUCGAGCACUUCUAAUCGGUGUUUUCCUUCUCCUCAUCCUGCCACGGUGUCACUGUUUCGACUUAGGACAAUGUACCGCAGCACUGGGUAUGGAGAAUGGCGAAAUCCCCGAUGAAGAUAUAUCGGCCAGUUCUAUGUACGAUCCUAGCCUUGGCCCGAAGCAUGCCAGACUGAGACAAGACAAGGGUGGCGGUGCCUGGUGCCCGAAAAAUAUGGUCACAAAAGAGGGCAAGGAGUACCUUGAGGUGAAUCUACACAACCCUCGUAUACUGACGUCCACCAAGACCCAGGGAAGAUUUGGUAACGGUCACGGGGUCGAGUACACCGAGGAGUACUUCGUCGAAUAUUGGCGACCAGGGUUCAACAAGUGGGUGCGAUGGAGAAAUCGACGUGGCAUGGAGCUUUUGGCGGGCAAUAAUAAUCCAUACUCGGAGAAGGAACAAGUUUUUGACCCGGCCAUCGUGGCUACGAAGAUCCGUUUCAUCCCUUACACUUCCCACAUGCGUAUGGUGUGCAUAAGGGUGGAGCUUUAUGGAUGCCCAUGGACCGAGGGCCUGGUGUCGUACUCGAUGCCCCAAGGAAUUAAAAGGGGCUCGGAGGUUGACCUUUCCGACAGGACGUACGACGGUAAGGAAGAAGGAGGUUACCUCUCCGGAGGACUCGGUCAACUUGUCGACGGGCAAAAGGGUCCUGACAACUUCAGAUUGGACGUGAGCGGUAACGGGAAAGGUUACGAAUGGGUCGGCUGGAGAAACGACACACCCAGCAUGCUAGGACGUCCUGUGGAAAUCACGUUCGAGUUUGAUUACUCAAGAAAUUUCACUGCCAUUCACUUGCAUAUGAACAAUUUCUUCACAAAGGAUGUGCAGGUCUUUUCUUACGCGAAAGUCUAUCUCGGAGCCGGUGCAAACCAAUUCAAUGGCGAACCUGUUCAUUUCUCCUACAUACCGGAUCUGGUGCUGGAACAGGCGCGUGACGUUACCAUAAAGCUUCAUUCACGUGCUGGCCGCUUUCUGAAGCUCCAGCUGUAUUUUGCCGCACGUUGGAUCAUGCUCAGCGAGGUAAUCUUCGAAUCAGUGAUCUCGGAAUGGAACAACACCGAGGAUGAAGAGGCGAGGAACAAGAGCGCCAUUGUAUCAGCUACCGGCAGUCCCUAUCAGAAUAACGAGGGUCCGCUACAGAGGGAUGAAGUGAAGGCCACUUUUAAUAAGGAGGAAAACAACGAUAAUGCCCUUCCAGAUAAGAGCAAGGAGCCCGAAUCAAAGCAAUUCGUCGGUCUGGUAAUCGGGAUCCUAACGACGGUGAUCGUAAUGCUAUUGGCGGCAAUCAUGUUCAUUUUCUACCGAAAUCGAAGGCUGAAGGCUGCCCUCGCACCAUCCACGUUCUACGAUCAACACGGUGAUUUAAAGGUCUCCGUGCAGGAGGAGGGCGAGGACAAGGGACCAAUUUGCCCUCCACUUCCGGCGCAGUACCACCCCGCCGCCUACACCACGACGACACCGCAACUACACAAAACUAUCACGGAUUACAGUGGGAUCACCGAGGUGCAGCCGGUUAUUCCGCUGUUGCUGAACACAGCGAUCAAUCUUACCAGACCGAUUCCGCCGGUUCAAGAAUAUCCAUCUAAUCCACCGCCUAUACCACCGCCGCCGGAAAAGUAUUACGCCAGCACGGAGAUCUGUAAGAAUUCUUUGCCACCGUUGCCGCCAUCUCCAACGCCGAGCACGCCGCCGCCAAUGAGCGCGAAAGCCUCCAGCAGCAUGACAAGCUACAGUCCCGAGGAUAUGCUUACGGAGGAGGAGGACGAGGUGCCCGAGUGCAUCUUAGACUUCCCCCGGGAGAAACUGAACAUCGUUGAAAACCUCGGUUGCGGAUACUUCGGCGACGUUCACGUUUGCGAGAUCGACAGGUUUCCUGGUUACGAUGAAGUUUUCCGGAACACGAGCAGCGAUCUCGUGAUCGUUAAAUCCUUGAGACCUGGCUCUUCGGAUGCGCUUAGGAUAGAGUUUCAACAGGAAGCAAAAAGAGUGGCACGGCUAGCCGAUCGGAAUGUUGCGCGGCUACUGGGCGCGAGCCUCGAAGACGACCCCAUGUGCAUCGUAUUGGAAAACGGCGAGUACGGGGAUUUGAAUCAAUACCUGCAGAGUCACAUCGCUGAAACAUCCACUGUACAGACGGCUAAGACCCUCAGUUUCGGCACGUUGGUUUACAUGGCCACGCAAAUAGCAUCCGGCAUGAAACACCUCGAGGAAAUGGACUUCGUGCAUCGGGAUCUCGCCACAAGAAACUGCUUGGUGAGCCGUGGGUAUACAGUGAAAGUGUCAGAUCUAGGCUCCGGAAGGAAUGCCUACGCGGCUGACUACUUCCGGGUCGAGGGUCGACCUCCGCUGCCAAUUCGCUGGAUGGCCUGGGAAUCCAUGCUGAUGGGAAGACACACAACGAAAAGCGACGUUUGGUCCUUUGCCGUGACUCUAUGGGAGAUUUUAACAUUCGCAAGGGAACAACCAUUCGAGGAACUGCCCGACCAUCGCAUAGUUGAGAACGCUACCUAUUUUUACCAAGAGGACGAUGGAAGGAUUAUUCUACCGUUGCCGAAGAACUGUCCCAAAGACAUCUACGAGCUGAUGCGAGAGUGUUGGCACAGAAACGACGUGGAUCGUCCGAAUUUCCGUGAGAUUCACAUGUUCCUUCAACGAAAAAAUCUCGGCUACAAACACGCGGACACGAACGACACUUGAUACAGAGAACUAGAAGGCUGGAAUUUAAUCCGGCUUUCUAUGAUCGGCGAAUUGAAUGGAAACUGGUGGAACUGCCCUUCGACGACCAAGCUGCACCAGGUCAGACCAAGUUAGUACCAGGACGAUCCAUCGGAUUCGAAAUCAUCCGCAUCGAAGGUAAAUCAUUGAUCAGCUGAUCGAAUCGUUCUUCGCAUAAUUUCAUUUAUAAUUCAAACAACCAUGAAUCAUAGAAACGCUACAUCAAUGUUCGUAACUAAUUAAUUUAUCAUCGACGUGCUCAUUAACGUAAUGGUCGAAUUCCUUUGGAGAUUUAAGUGUUCUUGAUAUACAUACGUACAAGAGUCGACUGUUUUCACGGCGUUGAUCAGUAAAUGUAAUCAUUGCGAAUCCGCGACGGAAUGAACGCGAAACAAACGAACAAUUUCCGAAUCGUGGGAUUCGAAAUUGCAACGUUCCUAUCGUGGGCCAAUAGACAGGAAGCACGUUCGAUAGAUCGCGCUCACGCCGCUAUGAAAUUGAUACUGUCAGCAAACAAGCUUAUGAUACUCGCGUCACGUUCAGAAUACACGUGGCUUGAACUUGGAAAAUCGUUGAAGAUACAACAACGUUUUCAUCGUGGCGAUUCUUUUCACCAGUGAACGCGAUUCGUGUCAAAGAAUUGCCUUGAAUCGAUAUUACAGAUCGUCGAGAUGACUAAUCGAAUUCAUCGACGAAUUUUCAUAUCCUCUUUGAAAGAAUUUUUCGAUCCUACAUCGAGAUAAUGGAUAAGGUAUCCCAGAUAGUCAAUAUUUCAUUGCACAAUGGGGUGCACUUUUUUUAUACACUAAAUUCUGCAUUUCGAGGACAAAAAAUUUUAUGUUGAAUCUUUUUUUUCUUUUUCUCGAGAUUCUAUCUUAUUAUGUGUCCAAUUUAUUUCGAAAUGAUUGGAACCGUGAAGAACACGAUUUAUGAUUUUGAUUUUAAUUAGCCAUCGUUGACAAUGGGUAUACCGGAAGUUAUAUUAAAGUUGAACGCUGGAUGCGUCGCGAUGCACAGUCUUGAACCAAUUGAUCGCGAACAAGGAUAAAGAACAAGGGUGGGUAAAGAAAAAAAAAGAAGUCUCCUCGAGCCAGUGGCUUGCAUUAAGUUUCCUGAAGCUACUAAUAAGCUUAAAAUGCGCUUAGCCGAAGUGCAUAAAUGUUUGACAAUACCACUAGAGGUUGCAAGUAUAAGAGUUCGUACAUAUAUAUAUAUAUAUAUACAAAUUAUAUAUAGCGUGUAAAGAAAUGUUAACGGUGAUUAACCGAUAGCGUAAAUUUAUUAGAGACCACGUUCUUAAGGCUUGCAUUAAAACCUCCUUUGGCUCGCAGUUCGAUAGAUCGAUUGGUGGAAAACCUUGGUCGAUGGAUCUUAUGGAUCUGGUUCGACGAAACCACCGAUCGAUUGUAUCGUGAUUCUCCGAACAAGGGAUGGAAAUAAGGGAUGAGGGAAGCUCGUGUGACCUGAAGUUACGUUUAUAGGAGAGAAUAGAACACGGUCCAUUUACCCGAUGAAUAUUCUUGUUUGCCUUUUUUUCUCGACAGGAAUUUUUGAUCUCUAUUCUCCAAUUAGUGAGCGAUGGUCUGUGGACGGUUUUUGUUUAAAUAAUUGUACAUCGGGGGUUGGUUGCCAUCGGCGUUAUUUGCAGGCUUUCAUAAAAUAUUAAAUACAUAAACUGCACAAACGAAGAUGUAACCAUUUUGUUUUUGGAAAAAUUCAUUUUGAAAAUAUUUAAAUUGUUAAUAUUGGAGAUAUAAUAAUUAAUUGAAAUUUUUUAAAAUAUUCUAAUGCUAUUCUUAUUAAUUAUGGAACAGCCGGGGUGUCUGAUCAAUAGCAGACUUGUUCCACUUGUUUCAUUUGUUUAUUUGUGUCUGCAACACAACAGCGUUUUUUUGCCCAUAGAUUUUUUUAUCGAGCGAUGAGGAGAAAAAUGUAGCUUAAUAAAAAAGGAAAAACAGGAUAAUCGAUAAUCUGAAGCUGUAGUAGGAGUUUAUUGGGUACGGGACCGUGGUCAGCGAGGAACAAUGAAAAAUUUAUGAUUGUUAGAAUGAAUGGAUAAACGAUGAUAAUAAAAAAGAUGAAAAAGGUAAAGCGAUGGCGCUAGAUGUUAGAUCGCACGAUAAAUCGAUGCGUUGUUCUGAGAUUUGAAAUGUUACAUGUAAAUUGCAAUGUAAAUCACUGGAAGAAGUUCUACGAAAAGAAAUAGCAUUCUUUAAUUUAUUUCUAUUUAUCGUAUUAAAUAUCAACUUCGAUUAGCACACAUUAUAAAAGUUUCCAAAUAUAAUUGUUCCAAUAAUCCUUUUCUCGAUAUCCAUAAAAAGAAAUCUAAAAUCACAGAAUCGAUUGAGUUCAUAAAAUAUUCAUGAUCAAUGACAGUAAUUCUUUCGUAGAACUACUUUUGGUCGCGAGCUGAGAAAUUGAAUCGAGAGGUUUCAUUUUGCAUAUGAAAAGUCUAUGAUAUUGUCUAUGACACGACGUUGGUAAUUUAAUAUAUGAUAUUAAAGUUAAGAGCGACUUACGAUAAGAAAUACUGCCACUCUAUUAGGAAAACCUCUAUUAUAUCAAGCAACAGAACUUCUUUGUAUCCCUUUCCCUUCGACACGACGACAGGACGAUAAAACUCGCGUUAAUUUGAUAGCGUAAUCGAGAUGAGCGUUGAGAAUCCCAUGGUAACAAUAAACAGGAACAAUAAAGAGAAGAAGAAACACAAGAAGAAGGGUAGAUGGUGAAAAGAAAUCAAGAUCGAUCGCACGAAAGUCGACCAGUCGUCCGAGCUUAACGAGAUGGAUCGAUGGGAAAUUUUAAUCGACUUCGUGGAUCGUCUUCUGUGCGAUCGAAAUGCGCGCACAGUCCUUCCUACAAAUUGAAUAAAAAAAAAAAAAAGAAAAAGAUAAAAUUAAAUUCAAACGAAUGAAUUUUCAAGAAACACUUCUCCUCUUUGUACCGGCUCGGUCAUCUUUCGUAAUUAAUUUCUCGUUUAUUCGAAUUUAUUUGAAUUCGUGAAUGCUUCCCGUUCAAUUUAUGGGACGUGGGAAAAGUGGUCUCCUUUCGAGCGAUUAAUUAUCGGAAUUGAAAUUAUCGACCGUGCAGCGAAAGCGGAUUUGUUGAUUAAGAAUCGUUGUAUUUCAGUCACUCGCAUAUCGUUCGUUCUUAUCGACGUUGUGACACAUAUCUGAACAUAUCGUUACUUGACAAAGAUAUAAGAAUAAUAAUACGCUAAAUUUAUUAAAAAUAGGAUCGUUUCCUCUUGAAAACAGCAAUUUUUCCAUUGUUAUUCAGUACUGAUUUCUUUAGGUUUUUAUAAAAUUUUAGUAGGUGUUUUAUAAUCUUUAAACGGAAAUGUGUCUUUGAUAAUUCGUUACUGAUCGUUUCUCUUUGUAGGAAGAAUUCCUCUGCUGUGAGCUGAACGUUUGAUGGAGAGAGAAAGAAUGUGAGAGAGAGUGUGAAAGAGAGAGAGAAAUCAAGAGAGGUAAGAGAAACAAGUAUAUAUAUAUAAAUUAUAUAUAUAAUAUAUCGAAAAUCGUUGAAGAUUAAGUGACAAAGAAAAUUCAUUGAAUUAAUCGUUUCCAUUGUAGCGAUAAUACCGUGAGAACGCACUUUGUACAGUUUGUAAUAACAAAAAAUGAUAUAUAUAAAAUUGUUCCGUUAAUUAUUCUCGUGACGCGUUUUAUUCUUCAAAGGAGACGGGAUCGGAUAUAGCGUAUCAAGCUUUUUUAAAACAUUUCAUCGUAGUUUCGUUCGGCUCUUCGAAGCAUAAAAAAAAACAGAGGCUCAAGCUUUCGCGUGCAAACCUCGUAUAGUUUAUCAUUCUCGAUUUUUAUUUUAACUGAGACGUAACACGAUACGUCGGCAAAAAUUAAUACGCUCUAGAAACGGUCUUGAAUUACGCUCGCGAUAUUAUAAUUUUAUUUCAAAAUGAAUUAUGAUUGUUGGAUAUAAAAUCACAGGUAGCCUCAGGGAACUGGGAUAUUGACCGAUGAAAAGAGAUACUAAAAUAUCGUGAAUAGUUGAAAACAUAAAUUGUUAAGAAGAUAAAUGCUAAAUGAUAAAUAGUUCUUCGGAAUACUCGUGCAUCGUUAAAGGGUUACGCCUAGUUGGGAUCGGAUAAUUUUCAAGAUUUUUGUUUGCCGUCUUAAUAAAUAUCUAUUAUGAAGUGAAAUAUACCACCAGUAGUUUUAAGAUUUUUUUAAAAGUAAAAUGUUAAAUAAUAAAAUGUUAAAAAAUGUUCAAGCCCUUAACAAUACAAUAUACUAACUCAAUCUUCUUUGAUUUUGAUUUCAAAUAAUCGGUUUGGAAGAUGUCUUGUCCACCGCAAGUGAUCUCGAGAAAAGGGCGUUCUACAAGUGUUCCCUCACUAUUUAACAUUUUACUUUUAAAAAAAUCUUAAAACUACUUUAAAACAUGUAUUUUUCGAUGGUACGUUUCACUUCAUAGUAAGUAUUUAUUAAGACAGCAAAAAGAAAUCUUGAAAAUUACGUCAUUUUUCCGAUCCCAACUCUGCGUAACCUCUCAAGUAUUGAAAUUUCACGCCGAUUUUUCAAACGCCAUAAAGGGGUUGAAGUUCGAACGACAGAUCGCAUGUUGGUUUGUUGGAAAAGAGAAUUCAUAAAAGAUCGAACGGAUUGUUGUUUCAUCGCUCGAAUCCGAUACCCGUCUCUCCUUUGCAAACGAGCUUUAUUUCGCCGCGUGUGUUUACGCAAUGGAAGCGUUCAGUUUUUGUCGCCGCGUCGCGACGCGUCGGCUUGGUCCGGUAGUCGCAAACAAAAGUCAGACGGAAGUGGCGCGUACACGUGAAUUCCAGGUUUGCCGAUGGAAUUUAAUAUCCGCUGCCUUCGUUAUGAAACACGAUCGCGCUUUUUCUACGGUUCUAUCGGCCGACCAGCGUGCUCUCGUUUUUUGCAACCCCUCGACGCGAAGGCGCAAUAUCGAAUCGAUACCUUUCGCUGGACAGAUUUUGGUAAAUAACAGCAAACGGCUGCAUUCAAAAUUUCUUCGAUCCUUUUGAGAAAGGGGUGUCGCGAACUCGUAAUAACGAGAUAGUUUCCAAAAAUCUUACAUUCGUGUGCAAAUAUAAACGGCGAAAUGGGUUGUAAAUAAACCGUGAGUAAUAGAAUCAAUUAUUUAUUGUUUAUCGGCGAACAUAUCGACUACUGUGCGUGAUUGACACGUUCACUGUGAUAAGAGAUAUAUCAAACUCCCCUUGCACAAAACAUUUUUCAUUAAAUAUAUCAACUUAUAUCAUUUUUCCACUAUUAUCAUCGAAAUAGCCAUCAAUCGAGUUCUCGAAAAAUAAACUCUUCUUAAAUAUACAGGUUAUUUCAAAAAUAAUAUACUAUCCAAAAACUGCAAACUCUCUAUGCAGAGAGAAAUAAAAAAUGUAUCUUGAAAAUUAAACUGCAAGUUGCAAAAAUGGAUUUACAGUUUUUAGAUUGUACACUGUUCUUGAGACAGCCUGUAUUUAAUGAAGUAUCUUAUAUCCUACUAAAACCGUGAAGGAAAUCGAGCACAGUGAACGUGUUGACGUACGAAACGCUUCACCUUGUCCCAUGUGUAUAUGUCACACGUGUAUUUACUACGUUUGUACAUAACGAUUUGUUUUCAAAUAAAUACUCAGCGCUUUGACUUUUA